GAUCUCAUGGAUAGAAUAUUAUCAGUUCUUUCAGAUGAACAAGUUGCAACACCUGGUGUAGCCAAGAAAGUUUCUAUCGGAAAAGAUAGAGUUGCAAAGAUUGUCGAUGAUACCUACAGAAAAAUGCAACUUGCUGGUGCUAAUGAUUUGGCAUCAAAAAACCAUAUUCCAGAUGUAAAAACUGCAAAUCCUCCAGAGGAAAGGGAUGAAACCAGUCGCCUGGAUAUGAAAGUUCGUUGCUUUUGUGGGGUUACUUAUUACUCAGAGUCAAUGAUUCAGUGUGAAGAUUCACGGUGCCAUGUUUGGCAACAUAUUGGCUGUGUCCUUAUACCAGAGGAACCUUUGGAUGGUAUCAUGCCAGAAAUCCCUACAUCCUUCUAUUGCGAGUUAUGCCGGCUCAAUAGGGCAGAUCCGUUUUGGUCGACAGUAGCUAAUCCUCUCCUUCCUGUCAAGCUAAUUUCCCCUGGCACAGCACCUGAUGGCUCAAACCUACUACAAUCUGUGGACAAAACGUAUCAGCUCUCUAGAUCGGACAGAGAAUUGUUACAGAGAUCUGAUUGUGAUUUACAGGUUUGGUGUAUUCUACUGAAUGAUAAAGUUCAGUUUCGGAUGCAAUGGCCACAGCAUCCAGAUUUACAAGUAAAUGGUGUUCAGAUUCGAACUAUAAAUAGGGUAAAUUCACAGUUAUUGGGGAUAAGUGGUCGGGAUGAUGGCCCCGUAGUUACGACAUGCAGUAGGGAAGGAAGUAACAAAAUAUGUUUAUCCUUUCGUGAUGCUCGUGUGUUCUGUUUUGGUGUCCGGAUUGUGAAGCGACGCACUGUCCAACAGGUCCUUAGUUUGGUGCCAAAGGAAGCUUAUGGUGAGCGUUUUGAGGAUGCUCUUGCCCGAGUUCGCCGCUGUCUUGGUGGUGGAGCUGCCACUGAGAAUGCAGAUAGUGACAGUGACUUGGAAGUGGUUGCUGACACAGUCUCUGUCAACCUUCGCUGUCCUAUGAGUGGGUCUAGAAUGAAGAUAGCUGGUAGGUUUAAGCCUUGCAUUCACAUGGGCUGUUUUGAUCUGGAAACUUUUGUGGAACUUAAUCAGCGCUCUCGGAAGUGGCAAUGUCCAAUUUGUCUUAAAAAUUACUCUUUGGAAAAUAUGAUUAUAGAUCCAUAUUUCAAUCGUAUAACAUCUUUGAUGCAAAAUUGUGGGGAGGAUGUCAAUGAGAUUGAUGUAAAGCCUGAUGGUUCUUGGCGUGCAAAAAUCUCUGCUGAUAUCAAGGAUCUUUUGCAAUGGCAUUUGCCUGAUGGCACUCUCUCUGCUGCAACAGACGUUGAUGUGAAACCUGACGUGGGGAUCUAUCCUCAGAUUAAAAAAGAAGAUAUUUCUGAAGGAAUCACUGGUUUGAAGUUAGGCAUCAGGAGAAACAACAAUGGAGAUUGGGUGUUCAAUAAACCUGGAGUUACAGAGCAUCACUCUUCAGGAACUUUGGCAUUAGAAAGAUCUGGAGAUUUCUGCCAAAACAUAAUCCCUACUAGCAGCAGUGCUACUGGAAGCUGCAGAGAUGGUGAAGAUCCAAGCGUUAACCAAGAUGGUGGAGGCAGUUUUGAUUUGCAGUUUAAUAGCCAUGAGCUUGAUUCUAUUUCUUUGGGCUUGUACAAAGUUGAGGACAUAUGUCCUCCAGUUCCUUUUGAAAAUGCGAAUGUAAUCAUCCUUAGUGACUCUGAUGAAGAUAACGUUACCAUGAUUUCUCCCGCAACAGUUCAUGACACUAUUCCUUCUGACUGUAAUGUUGGUCCAGCUGAUCAUAGAGGGAUUGCAGAUGCCUACCCUGAUGAUUCUGGAUUGAGGGCUGAUGCGGUCUCAUACCUUGGUUUCUGUGACAACAAUGCUGAUGAUUUUGGAAUGCCUCUUUGGCCAUUACCGACAUGCCCUCAGAAUGGUCCGGGCCUUAAACUAUUUGGUUCUGAUACCGAUGUUUCUGAUGCUUUUGCUGGGCUAGGACCGGAUGAUUACAACCUGAGAUCAAAUGGUUUUGAGCAGGCUUGUCAGGCCCAAGAUCUUCCAUCUUGUCCUGACAAUAGUUCUAAUGGAAGCUUGAUGAACAGCAAUCAUUUAACAUAUAGCUGUGGAGACCCUUCAUUGCAAAUCUUUCUACCUAGUCAACCCCUAGCCAGUGUUCCUUCUCAACCUGAUUUGAGCGGCCAUGCUGAGUUGGACAAUGGUAUUGGCCCUGAUGAUUGGAUGUCUCUUAGCCUUGGUGUGGUUGAACCACAUGUCAACUCUACUUCAGCAAAUGGGCAGAGUUCAGAACAUCAUUUUGCACCUGAAGAUAACAGAAUGGAAUCAUUAGCUACUGCCUCUUUGCUUCUUAGUAUGAGUGGUGAUAGAACCAGCAAGUCAAACUUCAAUGGUGAAAAAUCUAGUAUUUCUUUCUCUCAUCCCCGUCAGCCCCGGUCGGCUCGCAAGCGCCCCUUCCACUCAAUAAAUUUGGAAUCAGAUUCUGAUUAGUUAAUUAGAUGUGACAAUGGUCAAGUCUUAUCUCUCAGCGAGGACUGUGUGCCUUGUAAGCUGCCUCCAAUGAUCCUGAGUGUUUUAUGUUUCUCUGUUUUUGAAGGGAUGGAAACAGUGAGAGCUAAAAUGGAUAUAUAUAGAGAGAGAGAGAGUGAGGGAAAGGAGGAGCCAGCCCUCACAAGAGGUUUCAGCGGCCGUUUACAAUGGGAAUGGCAUAUUUGAAGCUUGAGCUGUGCUUGCCUGAAAAGAAAUGUAGAUUGCAAUUCUGAUAUCAAAUUUACAGUUCUUAAUCAGGCUCCCACUAGAAUCCUCCAAUAGAAAGAGGUCUCUAUGAAAUUAGUUUUCUAAUUUUUUUUUUUUGCUGCCACAGUAUAUUAUAUUCUUUUUAUUAUAUUUAGAUUCGUGUCCAGUCGCACUCCUAAGUGAAAGCAAUUUGUAUGAUAUGAUUGCCUGCACUGCAAAUGUAAAUCAUUGCUGAUACUAUGCUUUUUAACUGAUAUAGAAAAGAAUUGUUUCUUUCA